AAGUUUUGUGUUUUAUUUUUAGACUUCAGAAAGACGCCUGGUCCGAUGGUUUGUUUUAUCCAUGGCAACGGCGGUGCUGAAGUAUGGGAUGAUAAUAGCAGCUUUAACGGUGUGCGGCCUCCUUCUAUAUUUAGCUGAGUACCGGUCUAUAAUUAGACAAGGAGAUCUAAAAAUAGAUUUGCAGACUGGAUCUCAAAGACACCUUGAAAACGUGGAAGAUGAUGCUUUCAACGGAAAAUAUAAUGCUGAAAAAGUCAUGUUUCAUGUUGAUAAAUACAAUCUUACAAAUAAAGUUCUCGAUCUGAAAGGAUCUUUUUACGGAACUGAACAAUCAGAACUUAAAACUGUCAAAAUACAUGGGCUAUCAAAUUUAAUAAAUCAAGCAAAACCUUUCAUUGUAGCAGACGAUAAAUUAGAACAGUCUGAUCUUGAAAAGGAGCGUUUCUUUAAAGUUGAUAGAUUAGUUAAGGAAGUAAAUUGUAAUGCUAUCAUACAUGGUGAUAAAAAUGAGACCAAAAAGGCGGAAAAUAUUUCCGAAAGUCAGCCUAAAAUUGGCGUGAAACCUGAACAAUAUAUAAAACUUGCCAAAAAUUGCUCAAACUUUAUAUCUGAAAGAGGUUACAUCACCGAUUCAUUAACAGAGGUUGAAAAGAAUUUUCAUAUUGCAUUUAGUCUUUUAAUGUUUAAAGACAUAGAACAAAGCGAACGACUUUUAAGAGCCAUUUAUAGACCACAAAAUUUUUACUGUAUACAUGUUGACAAGAAGACAUCAGAUGACAUUUUCAAAGCUAUGUCUUAUAUUGCAGACUGUUUUGAAAAUGUAUUUAUUUCAAGCAAGCGUUUUGACGUAAAAUGGGGAACAAUGACAGUGUUAGAGCCGGAUUUAUUAUGCAUGGAAGAAUUAUGGAACAAAAGUAAAACAUGGAAAUAUUUUAUCAACCUGACGGGACAGGAAUUUCCAUUAAGAACUAAUUAUGAACUUGUGCAAAUAUUAAAAGCCUAUAAUGGUGCUAAUGACUUGGAAGCGACAGUUAAACACGUUAACAAAGGUAGAUGGGAGGGUGUUGGUCCCCCGCCUCAUGGAAUUGUUCCAACAAAAGGGUCGGUCCAUAUCGCAGCCAGCCGAGGAUUUGUUGAUUAUGUAUUGCAUGAUCAAAGAGCACACGAUCUUUUGAAUUGGACAAGAUAUACCAAAGUACCAGAUGAAACAUUUUUUUCAUCAUUAAACCAUAAUCCUAGCCUAGGAGUUCCAGGCUCAUAUAAAGGGUAUCCCGAGACAGAUAUGAAGGAUGAUAUUAAACCAUUUGUUGCUCGCUUUAAAAAUUGGGGCGGAGGAAAAUAUAACUGGCCUUGCCACGGUCAAAGAGUACGUCUGGUGUGUGUGUUCGGUACGGGUGAUCUCCCUUUAAUUGCGUCAAGAAGAGAACUAUUCGCCAACAAAUUUUAUUUAACUUCUCACCAUUUUGCCUUAGACUGUGUCGAAGAAUUGCAUUUUAAUCAUACUAGAGACGAAUAUUUAGGAAAAUUAGCAUUUGAUCCAAGAUGGUAUGCACAAUUAGGAUUUGUGCGAAAUAAAGUAAACUAAUAUUUCAUGAUAAACAAAGCAAUGUGAACGGUUAUAACUAUUAUGUAGAUUUAAGUCAGUUGAACAGAAAAAAUAUUCAUUUACAGAACAUUAUUACAUUAAGAGCGCAAAGUUAUGAAUAAACUGAACAUAAUGUCUCUCCGUGAAUAUAGACACGUUUCGCGCUUUAUGAUAGAUUAUAUGUGUUCUGAAAUAGGGUUGCACGUGCAAUUAAUAUAUCUUCAUUAGCUACUAUCAAUGUCCUCUUAUUACUGAUAUUCGUAUGGUGUAUAAACAAGCAACACACCUCAUUAUAUCUGAGCCGGUAAUACAGGUCUCGAGUUACUAUUAAGUGUUGAGAAUUGAGUUCCAAUCCAAGCCGGUGCUGUGGGCGUGAGGGAUGUUGCACUUAAUCAUUAUCCCUCAUGUACAGCCUCAAUCAAACCGAGUCUGCAAUGUAAAUGAUUAUAUAAUGCAAUUAUCAUCUUGUAGAAUAUGGAAUUGUGCUUAUAUUUUCUGUGUAACACCAAUUUGAGGUUUGAUGCUUAGAAACAAACCGAGAAGUCAUUGCAUUCGACAAAUGUUUACAAGUAGCACUAUACAUGUA